AUGACUUCUUACUCACUACCUCACAGAUUGUACAACAGGACUGUUGAAACAGAAAGAUCUCAAAAGAAAAAUUUGAAAAUAGAAUUAUUAAUCAAAAUAACAUGGCAGAUAUUGGAAAAGUUUACAAGUAGAAGUAAUUCUAAGAAGUUUGGAUGA